AUGAAAUUUAUUCUGACCGUAGAAGUUCUCUAUGCUUUCACUAUACUGACGACCCGAUGCGACCCCGACUUCAAUCAAGAAUUAUCACAAGGUGUAUUAUUCACUAAAGGGGCACAGAUCACACUCACCGAUGAAAAAUGGACUUUAGCCAUUAGUAUCGACCUUAAUAACUACCUAGAUCUUAUGUUCCUAGUCCGACAGCAAAUGAAGUUCUUAGAUCUAGUCAGCCAAAGCAUCACGACUUCUAUGUCAAACUACCAUAUGACCUUUCUCAACGACGAAAGACAGUUGAUGACUAAGUGCAUUGAUCAUAUUGCCGAGAUCAUUAAAGGUAUUCGAGACACAACCGCAGCUCACAGAUCAAAAAGAGGCCUAAUAAACAUUGGGGGCACCGCGCGGAAAUUCCUGUUUGGCUCCCCAGAUGCAAAUGACAUAGCCACAAUAGAAACUCAAUUCAAAGGAAUGGAAGCCGUAAACGUAGAAGUAAUUCAUUCACUCAAGGCAUAA